AUGUGUCGUCAAAAUGGUUGCCAAGUCAGACAGCUCUGCAUUCCACCUCCCACCAUCUUGGUGACAAGUUUUCCCGUGAAAAAAUGUGUGGAUCUCUGUGGCGUUGCCUGCAACAUCCCCCGUUUGCCUCCAUGUGUGGAUCCCUGCUGCUGUCUUGGGAUUCCCCAGGGCACCACCACUUACGUGAACCUGGGUAAUCUCAGUAGGACGCAGACUGCCGGCUGCGUGGAUCCAUGCUGCCUCGGAAUCACCACGUGUGCGCCUCCGUGCUGUGAGGAGGGAAGCAAGUGCAGCGCCACUUGUGCCAACCCAUGCUGCUACAAAGUGACGGAGUGCACCACCAGGUGCCAAGAUGCAUGCUGUGAGGAGGUGACCAAGUGCACCACCACGUGCGUGGAUCCCUGCUGCAAGGAAGUGACCCAGUGUGCCACCAGAUGCCAAGAUCCCUGCUGCAAGGAAGUGACCCAGUGUGCCACCAGAUGCCAAGAUCCCUGCUGCAAGGAAGUGACCCAGUGUGCCACCAGAUGCCAAGAUCCCUGCUGCAAGGAAGUGACCAAGUGCACCACCAGAUGCCAAGAUCCCUGCUGCAAGGAAGAGACCAAGUGCACCACGACAUGCGUGGAUCCCUGCUGCAAGGAAGUGACCCAGUGCACCACGACAUGCGUGGAUCCCUGCUGCAAGGAAGUGACCAAGUGCACCACGACAUGUGUGGAUCCCUGCUGUAGUGAGGUCACCAAGUGCACCACCACAUGCGUGGAUCCCUGCUGCAAGGAAGUGACCAAGUGCACCACGACAUGCGUGGAUCCCUGCUGCAAGGAAGCGACCCAGUGCACCACCAGGUGUGUGGACCCAUGCUGUGGACCUGUGACCAGAUGUACCACCACGUGCGUUGAUCCCUGUUGUGGGGAAGUGACCAAAUGCACCACCAGGUGCAUAGAUCCGUGCUGUGAAACUGUCACCAAAUGCACCACCAGGUGUGUAGAUCCAUGCUGCAGGGAAGUGACCAAGUGCACCACCAGGUGUGUCGAUCCAUGCCGUAGAGAGGUGACCAAGUGCGCCACUAAGUGUGUGGACCCAUGCUACGACAGAGUGACCAAGUGCACCACCAGUUGUGUAGAUCCAUGCUGCAGGGAAGUGACCAAGUGCACCACCAGGUGCGUAGAUCCAUGCUGUAGAGAGGUGACCAAGUGCACCACUAAGUGUGUGAAUCCCUGCUGUGGAGGAGUUGUGAAGUGUGCCACCAGGUGUGUGAAUCCCUGCUGUGGACCUGUGAGCAGAUGCACCACUACAUGUGUGGAUCCAUGCUGCGGGCGAGUGACCAAGUGCACCACCAGAUGUGUGGAUCCCUGCUGUAGCGAGGUCACCAAGUGCACCACCACGUGCGUGGAUCCCUGCUGCAAGGAAGUGACCCAGUGCACCACGACAUGCGUGGAUCCCUGCUGCAAGGAAGUGACCCAGUGCACCACGACAUGCGUGGAUCCCUGCUGUAGUGAGGUCACCAAGUGCACCACCACGUGCGUGGAUCCCUGCUGCAAGGAAGUGACCCAGUGCACCACGACAUGCGUGGAUCCCUGCUGCAAGGAAGUGACCAAGUGCACCACGACAUGCGUGGAUCCCUGCUGUAGUGAGGUCACCAAGUGCACCACCACAUGCGUGGAUCCCUGCUGCAAGGAAGUGACCAAGUGCACCACCAGAUGUGUGGAUCCCUGCUGUAGUGAGGUCACCAAGUGCACCACCACGUGCGUGGAUCCCUGCUGCAAGGAAGUGACCAAGUGCACCACGACAUGCGUGGAUCCCUGCUGCAAGGAAGUGACCAAGUGCACCACGACAUGUGUGGAUCCCUGCUGUAGUGAGGUCACCAAGUGCACCACGACAUGUGUGGAUCCCUGCUGUAGUGAGGUCACCAAGUGCACCACCACAUGCGUGGAUCCCUGCUGUGGGGGUGCUCAGGCUGUUACGAAGUGCGUGGAUUCCUGUCCCACGGCCUGUGUUACGCAAUCCACGCCCCCGUGUAGGGGUGUGUACACCUGUGCCUGUGGCCGGCACUACUGCAUCACAUGUGCAGAUGUCUGCUGUCGGAAACGCGUGAUCCCUUGA